AUGUGGCUUCGCACAGCUGGUGCUACAGUAACAAAUCUCACCUCUCGCUCGGGCCUCUUCCCCACCAGGACCCCGGUCCUGACUCCUUGGACUCCGACCUUAUCACGGAGUUUACUAGCCGAUGCGGCAAUGACUAGCCGAUCAUUAGGCGUUCCACCAUUCUAUCGGUACAGGGCCGAUAUGCGAGAUCCGAUUUUUUAA